UAGGCGUCGAGUGAAGUAUGGUAGGGUUAAGUCCCUCCCAAACUUUACAAAUUAGGCUUCUAAAAAUUAAGCAAAAUUAUAUGCAUUGUCAUUGUUAAAACUAUUUUUGGAGAGGGAAUAUUAAGUUUAGCCUCUCUCUCCAAAAUUUGAUCAUUCUACGCUCAUGCUUUUAGUGCAUAUUUGAAUCCUUUUUUUUUAGUUUUUUAGUGCAUGAACUUACGACCCCUGAUAAUAACUUAUAAGUGCGAUAACAAAUUGAGUUUGUAUUAUAGAACGUAGAAAAAGUUUUUUUGGAAGAAGAAAAAUUAUGUUUUAUAUUAUUAAUAUUAUUAAAAAUAUUAUGCGAGUAUACUAAUCAAUCGAUCUGUAUACCUCUAAGUGAAAGAUUUUUUUAAAUGGUAACACUGGUACUAUGAGCUCUUAUCGUUGAUUACCUAUGCUAUUGUGAUUCUAAACGAAAUAUUCAAACAAAAUCAUAUUAUUCUUUUGUUUUUAGAUUAAUUUUUUGUAAAUUCUUUUACAUUCUAGAAUUUUAAUUGAAUUUUUUUAAGUAAUUAUAAUUUUAAUCCAAAAAAAUAUCAUUUUUUGUUUAUUUAAUACAAUUUCGAAUAAUAUUUGUUAGAAUGGAAAAAAAUGUCGUUAAGAACAAACAAGAAAAUGGUGACGUUACUACAACUACCUGUUGUACACAGACUACACAAAUUGACGGUUUGAGUCAAGGUACUGAUACUGGCGAUGCAUUUGGUAAUAUAUCAUUUAACUUACAGCUUUAAAAGCACUCCUCGCCAAGGUGUUGGAAUUAGUUCAACUGAUAAAGAUGCUUGGUAUUAUAACAUGCGUCAUAAACAUAGGGGCAAAGCUAUCAUUUUUAAUCAUGAAAACUUUAAAGUUGGUGGACUAAAAUCUAGAUCUGGUACUGGAGUUGAUUGCUUUAAUUUAGAAAAUACUCUGAAGAAUCUUGGUUUUGAAGUUACACUUUAUUUGGAUUCAACGUUAGAUGAUCUUGACAACGCAGUUGAACAUUGGGCUAACCAGGAUUAUUCUGAUUAUGAUUGUUUUUUGAUGGCUAUACUAUCUCAUGGUGAACAAGGAAUAAUUUAUGCAAAAGAUGCGCCAUACAAACCUGAAGAUAAACUGUGGGGACGAUUUACUGGAGACAAAUGUAUUACAUUAGCUGGUAAACCUAAAUUAUUUUUUAUUCAAGCCUGUCAGGGUGAUAGAUUAGAUGGUGGAGUUUUAUUAAGAACUCAAGUUGAUGGGAGUCAAUCAUUUAGAAUUCCAGUUUAUGCCGAUUUUUUGAUUGCAUAUUCAACAAUUCCUGGUUUUUAUUCUUGGCGAAAUACUCAAAAAGGAUCAUGGUUUAUGCAAUCUCUUUGUGAAGCUUUAAACAAAUAUGGUUAUUCACUUGACCUUUUAACAUUAUUGACUUUUGUCAAUCGUCAAGUAUCGACAGACUAUGAAUCUAAUGUUCCUGGUAAUUCUUUAAUGCAUCAACAAAAACAAAUACCUUGUAUUACGUCUAUGUUAACUAGAUUAGUGAAAUUUGAAAGAAACGACUGAAUUUUCUUAUUGUUAUUAUUUACCAUUUUUGGAAUUUAUACAACAAAUAGUAUAUUUAACUUUUAAUAUAGGAAUAAGUAAAUUUUCUAACAGCAAAAUUUGUAUGCCAAAAGCAUUUUAUUUUUUGUAUAUUAAUGUAAGGAUAUAAUAUUAUUGUAGUUACUAUUAAUUAUAACUAUAAAUAUUAAGGCUUAUUUUAUUUUUAAAGGGAAUCUCAUGAUUUUAUACAGAUAUUAUUGUAAAGUGUAAUCAUAUUAAAAUAGAAGACUUUACCUAAAUGAACUCUUGUGAUCAAUAUGUUGCUAUAAGUAUAAUACCAAUUUUAUACUAACUUCUUAAACAUUGCUUAAUAACAAAUCGAUUAAACAGUGAUUAUGAAUAUUGAUUUUUACUUAGUAUGGAUUUUUAACUAGUAUGCCUUUUUAAGUAUACUAAUUAUCUACUAAUAUAGUAUUGGAUAUUUUUCAUUUAUUAAUAAAACUAUAAAUUCUCAAUGGUAACUUGUUGUUUUAAUUGAUUUUUAAAAAUAUUUUUGACUCUGAAGUUUUAACUACUAUUAUUAAUAAUAUUAGAAAAUUAAGUAAAAUAUUAGAUUUUAGCUUUUUUAAUUAAAAAAAAUAAUUUUAAUUUUUGUGACCAAUACUUAAGAAACAAUAAUGAGGAAGCUUAAAACUUUUAAAUAAACUGUUUAAUAGUUCAACAGUUAAUACAGUAUCUUACAAUUUGAUUUAUUUAAAGAAAAUUUGAUAAUGUAAUAUAAACAAAGCUGCAGGGUUAUUAAUUAUUUUUCUAUUAAUUUUGUAUCUGAAAAAAAAUAAUUCACAAAUUUUUAAUCUUAAGUUAUGAUUUAAACACAAAAAAAAUUGGUGAAAUACUUAUUGCGUAAUUUUAUGGAUUAUGUCUAGACUUUUAUAUAGUAAUUUGUCAAAAAAUAUAUAUAUUAAUAUAUAACUGGCUAUAGUUACAUACAUUUUUUUCUUUAAGAAUAGUGUUUAUUUCCAUUUUAAUAUUUUAUUUUUUCUAUAUUGAAAAGUUUUUCAUUUAAAAUUAAAUGUCUUGGAAAUAUUCAAUAUUUGGAUUUUAUUUUAGUACUUUGAACCAAAACAGUAAGCAACAUAAAAAUACUUAA